AUGGAGCUUCCUCGUCUCCGACAGCCUGCGCCUCAUUUUCAGUCAAAAGCUGUGCUUAAUGAUAAAGUCUUUGAUAUAUCAUUAAAUGAUUACAAACAGAAAUAUCUAGUUUUACUCUUUUUUCCCAUGAAUUUUACAUACAUUUGUCCAACAGAACUCAUUGCGUUCAGUGAUCAUCUACAAGAGUUCCAAGAAAUGAAUACACAGGUUGUUGCUUGUUCGAUUGAAAGUCAUUUUAGUCAUUUGAAAUGGUUAAGCAUGCCGAAUAAACAAGGUGGUAUUCGUGGUUUAAAAUAUCCCUUAAUAGCAGAUAAGUCAAUGGCGAUUGCGAAGAGCUAUGGUGUUCUUAAUGCAGAAGAAGGCACUCCUUAUCGAGCAAUGUUUAUCAUUGACGACAAAGGUAUUCUUCGACAAAUUACAGUUAAUGAUCACCAAGUCGGCCGAAAUGUGUCCGAAGUAUUCCGAUUGAUCACUGCUAUGCAACAUGAAGACAAGUCACCUACGUAUGCUUCUGCAGUGACGACGGAUAAUGUUCGAAGACCUCGACCAUUGAAAUGUGGCGAACGAAGUUCACUCCGUGAAGUGAUUGAAUAA